UUCUGACAAUUUCUGUAAAACUUUGACACAAUGUGAUGAUAGAGUCCAGUCAUUUGCUCCCUUCAACAUCCUCACAAUAUAUCUUCAACAUCUAUAAAACUAUAGCACAUUAUACAAUUAUCAUCACUUUCUUAAUUCCUCUUACAAAACAUGUCCACCAUUCCUUUCAUUUUGAAGGUCAUUGAGCAUUGCAAAAUCACUCCCCCAAUCAAUACAACUCAAACAGUCUCUUCCCUCCCCCUAACAUUCUUUGACAUUCCUUGGCUUCUUUUCUCUCCAAGCCAACCACUAUUUUUCUAUGAAUUUCCUCAUUCAAUUUCCCAUUUCACAACCACCAUUGUCCCAAAACUUAAACAAUCUCUUUCUCUCACACUUCAACAUUACUUCCCAUUUUCCGGUACAUUCGUUCCCUCGCUUGAUCUAACCGAACCUCAACUCGAAUUUACUCUUAACAACUCGGUUUCAUUCACGGUCGCAGAGUCAAAUAGCGACUUUGAACACUUGUGCUCCGAUUACUCAAGAGAUGUUAAUGAAUUCCACCCUUUGGUACCAAAGUUGCAACAAAUCUUUUCAUUUGAAGUAAAAGAGUUCCCUUUGUUAGCUAUUCAAAUAACAUCAUUCCCAAAUUAUGGCUUUUCCAUUGGCCUAGCUUUUCAUCAUGUUGUUGCUGAUGGAAGAACCUUCCACAAUUUCAUCAAAACAUGGUCUUCAUAUUGUUCUUCUUCUACCUUUGAAGACUCAUCAUCGCUUAUAAAAUCCCUUCCCUUGUAUGAUCGAAGUGUGAUUAUCGACACAAAUGACCUUCACGAAGUUUUCUUGAAAGAUUGGAGAAAAAGAAGACUAGUACUCAAUGCAAAAGAUAGUAGAGAAUCCAAAGUUGAUUCCUCAAACAUGACUAGAGCUACAUUCUUAAUGAGUUUAACUCAAAUGGAGAAAAUCAAAAAAAUUAUUGUUGAAUCAUGCAAAGAAAAGAAAACAUCUCAACCUUUGCAUUUAUCUUCGUAUGUGUUAACUAGUGCUUUUUUAUGGAUUUGUUUGCUUAAAACUCAACAAGAGUUUAUUAAUGAAAAAGUGGUUUGUGAAGAUGUUACACACUUUGGAUUCAUUGCUGGUGGUAUAACAAGAUUGGAGUAUCAAGUACCAAAGAAUUAUUUUGGUAAUUGUGUUGGAUUUGGAAGGGUAUCAUUGACAAAAAAGGACUUACUAGGAGAAGAUGGUAUUGUUGUUGCAGCUAAAGAAAUUGGAAGCACAAUUAAGAAACUUGAUGCAUCAAUUUUUGGAGAGGGUAAGAAAUGGAUUUUGGAUUGGGAAAUGUUACAUGGGUCAGAGGAACAUGUUCAUGUUACAUGGUCUCCAAAAUUGAAACUUUAUGAAUUGAAUUUUGGGUGGGGGAGGCCUAAGAAAAUAGAGGAGGUUUCAAUUGAUUUUACAAGAGGUGUUUCUUUUGUUGAGAGUAGAGAUUUUGAGGGUGGAAUUGAGAUAGGGUUAGCUUUGCCUAAGAGUAAAAUGGAUAUUUUCACCUUUUUCUUCAAGAAUGGACUAGAGGAUCUACCAUGAUUAUCUAGUUUAACAUUUUCUUGCUCAAUGUGUAGGUUUUACAUAUGUUUUCAUGCGUCAUUUUUCUAUCCACUGCAUAGAUGCAAGAAGGCUAAGAGAUUCACCUUCUUUAGUUUGAAUCAAGUUAGGGAUGUAAGAGGUGUAAGCCGCAAUAAUCGGUCUUUGAAUGUAUUCAAAUUGUAAAUAUAUUUCUAAUGUUUAUACUUUUAA